AAUAUGAACUGAAUCGGUGGCUUUUAAUAUUUAUUUCUUUUCAACAUUCGGUCACACUAGAUCCGAGUGGGUUUUGUGCGCACGUUUGUAUUCAUCGCCAACCACGUUAAAAGGAAGAACGUGAAUGUGAAUACAAAAAGGCAACACAAUCACAAAACUUAAACUUAAAUUGAAAACAACAAUUGUCGUUACAUUUCCACUUCUCCUGUCAGUGCAAGUGAAAAGUCUACAAAGGAAAAAUAAGAAGCACAGGCCACAGACCCGUUCUUUUUAAUUCCCAAUUUGCACAAAGGGCCGUAAAUAAAUAGCAAUAAAUAAGCAAAAUGUCUGGCGAAGAAACGUCUGCCGAUCGCAAUGUCGAAAUAUGGAAAAUAAAGAAGCUAAUCAAAAGCCUCGAAAUGGCACGUGGAAAUGGCACCAGCAUGAUUUCAUUGAUUAUUCCGCCUAAAGAUCAAAUCUCUCGCGUCAGCAAAAUGUUGGCCGAUGAAUUUGGUACGGCCUCAAACAUUAAGUCACGUGUCAAUCGCCUUUCCGUCCUGGGCGCAAUCACGUCGGUGCAGCACAGACUUAAGUUAUACACCAAAGUGCCUCCAAAUGGUUUGGUCAUUUAUUGCGGCACAAUUGUCACAGAGGAGGGCAAAGAGAAAAAAGUGAACAUUGAUUUCGAACCAUUCAAGCCCAUUAAUACCUCACUGUAUCUGUGUGACAACAAGUUCCAUACGGAGGCACUCACUGCCCUGCUCGCUGACGACAACAAGUUCGGAUUCAUUGUGAUGGAUGGUAACGGCGCUCUCUUUGGCACUCUGCAGGGUAAUACGCGCGAGGUGCUUCACAAAUUCACUGUCGAUCUGCCGAAGAAGCACGGGCGUGGUGGUCAGUCUGCGCUUCGUUUUGCCCGUCUGCGUAUGGAGAAGCGGCACAAUUAUGUGCGUAAGGUGGCCGAGGUUGCCACACAGCUGUUCAUUACGAAUGACAAGCCAAACAUUGCUGGCCUCAUUUUGGCCGGUAGUGCGGACUUCAAAACUGAGCUCAGCCAAUCGGACAUGUUUGAUCCUCGUUUACAAUCAAAAGUGAUUAAACUGGUGGACGUGUCUUAUGGUGGCGAAAACGGUUUCAAUCAGGCCAUUGAAUUAGCCGCUGAAUCGUUGCAGAAUGUCAAAUUCAUACAGGAAAAGAAACUCAUUGGUCGUUACUUUGAUGAAAUUUCUCAAGAUACUGGCAAAUACUGUUUCGGUGUUGAAGAUACUUUGCGAGCGUUGGAACUGGGGUCUGUGGAAACAUUGAUUUGCUGGGAAAAUCUGGAUAUACAACGCUACGUACUGAAGAAUCAUGCGAACUCGACGUCAACGACAGUAUUACAUUUGACGCCCGAGCAGGAAAAAGAUAAGUCUCACUUCACGGACAAGGAGAGCGGAGUUGAAAUGGAGUUAAUUGAGUCUCAACCGCUUUUGGAAUGGCUGGCGAACAAUUAUAAAAUGUUUGGAGCCACCCUUGAGAUAAUUACGGACAAAUCUCAAGAGGGCAGCCAGUUUGUGCGGGGUUUCGGUGGCAUUGGCGGUAUCUUGCGCUACAAAGUGGAUUUCCAGAGUAUGCAGCUUGAUGAGUUGGACAACGACUGCUUCGAUUUAGAUGACUACUAGAAAAUUGCACACUGUUUUAAUCAAUUAAUGAGACCGCAAAUUGAAUACUGUUGAUUUAUAAAAGAGAAAAAUAAUCGAAAAGAAUAUAAAAUAGAAUAUUUUAAUAAUACAAAAGGAACACACAAACACAUACACACACACAAUCCUUCUUCCAUUUUAACGUUGUUGGCGAAUAAAAGUU